ACCGCCGGCAGCGACAAGUCGGUGUCCACGACUCCAAAGCAUUGCAACAUGGCGCCUUUGACACGAGCUGCGGGUCCCAUGAGGGAUGUUGCGCCGUUUACCGCUAUAAAUGCUACGGCUCGGCGGCCAGCUCAGAACGACCCCGAGAUCAUCGAGAUUGAUGACGAGGAGGAAGACCGGGUAGAGACUGAGGAGGAACCCACAGAGGAGGAAGAGUACACUGAAGAGGACGGAGAGGACGAAGCAGAGGAGACAGAGGAGACCGAAGAGGACCAAGAUGAGGACAUGGAGUCCGCAAGUGGUUCUUCUGAGGAAGGUGAUGAGGUCGACUCGGUUUUUGAAGGCGCUAAUUUGAGAUACGCUCGAAGCGAUCGAGAGAUGACCACACCCGAGCUGUUCACAUCUGCCGGAGCACAGCAAGCCCUUCACCCCCUCCGACGUACUGCAGACCGGGUCACGCGUCAGAUCCAAGCAUUUGCUGAGAAGCUCGACCAGUUCAAGCAGAAGGGGAGCCGUGCCGAUGACUUCAAUCGAUACCAGGCGGCCUGGAAUCUAGCAAGGAGCUAUCGGUUGUUUGCACAGGACGCGAUUAAUGAGAUUUCCAAGCAGAGCACGCUCAAACGGUCCAAGUUUGGCUGGAGCGCGAGCUUGAGCAAUGGCGUCUCGACGCGAAACGAUACUGCCGAUGCGAAGACCGAGGAGGAGCUGCAACGCUUGCAAUUGGAGCACGACACAUGGUAUCUACUGCAGGAUAUCGUCAGCGCCAACGAUCCGUCACGCCGAGCGCACGCGAAACAGGCGCAGGAAAGCGUCUUCCAACGGCUACAUCGCUACUCGUCAGAUCGUGAGGUGUGGGAGGGUUUUUUGGAGGCGGACCACUACGCCACGGAAUGCGUCAUCGCGUUGAAAUGGCUUGAACAUACCUCGAAGACUUCGAGUUCAGAUCUUGACCUCCUGAUUGACGAAUUGGAGACACAGGCAGAUCGAGGGCAAGGCGUUUGGUCGCAUGGGUGGCUCUAUACCAAGGAAAGUAUCAAGGGCCAGAAGCGACUGAGGGCCUGGCCUCGACCGCUUGAGCCCAAUGAUCCAGGAAUCAUGAACUCGUUGCUCAAUUCGGAGAAAAACGCGCCUCUCAUCACCCAAUUGGAUCCAGAUGCGAUCACUCGUCAGAAGCAGACCUUGCAGAAACAGGACCAAUUCUCAGAGCGCGCCACCUGGUUAUCAUGCUGGAAGAUGCUCCGGGAAGGCGAAAGCUGGACUACGAUCCGGAAUUGGGCACAGGAACGGCUGGAAAGCUGGCGGGCUGUGAGUCUCUGUGGGUCGACUGUUGAACCCAGCCACAAGGGCGAAAAGUCUACCGACAAGACUCCUCUCGACGACGGGUUGACGCGCAUGAUGAAUUUCAGAUCGCAGGACUCCUGGCGAGCUGCCUGCUCAGCUCUCGCGCGCAACCCGCAUGCAGAGGACUUUGAGCGCGCCGUCUACUCCUUGCUCUGCGGAGAGACCGAGGCCGCGUACAGAGUCUGCCAGAGCUGGGACGAUUAUCUCUAUGUCUACUUCAAUAGUCUCCUGCUGUCCCGUUACCAGAACUUUUGCAAGCAGUUCCGCCGAAAGCUGAGCCUCUCGCCCGCCUCCCCUGUCGCGUUCGUUCCCGAACCCGCUGGCCACCAAGACUUGCAGCAAUUCCUCCAACAUACCAAGGACAUUGAGCGCAUCGGGGUCGAAGCUCGCAACCCGUAUCGCACCAUCCAGGCAGCGAUCCUUGGACAUGGCUACGAUGGUUUCUUCCUAGCAUUGGCUCGAGCAGUUUCCAAGAUGGCCAACAGCGACCCUGAGCAAGACUCGUUCAUCCCGAACCUAUCGCCUUCAAAUGUGGACGACUCCAUGCUCAUUGCAGCCCAGGACCAAGACGCCUUGCGGAUUGCAGCUCAUUUGUACAUCAUCACUUCUGCACUGGGCUAUGUGCGAGCCGAUACGCAAUUCUUCGAGCAGGCCUCCGUUAGUGUUAUGGGCUACGUCGCCAACCUGGAGAGUAUGGGUCUGUAUGACUUCAUACCCUUAUAUGGCUCUCUCCUACCCAUCGAAAUGGCGCAUACCAUGCUCGGCCAAGUCAUUAUCGAGGUUGUCGAUCCUCGCGAGAGAAGGAAGCAGGUGAAACUGAUUGAAAAGUACCGCAUCGACGUCGAGGCAGUCCUCACAAAGCAGUGGCUCUGGAUCUCGUCGCAGGUUUCAGAAAUUGACCAUCCGCGCACCGUCAGUCGCUACCCGAAGGUCCUGCGCCGCAAAGACGUUCCGCCGGAGAUUAUCCCGGUGAAGAAGGACUUCAUUGGGAUGGAUAUUUCACCUGAAGACGACCGGCUGAUACGCAGCCUCGAAUGGUUGCGAUACGUGGACGGCCAAUGGGGGAAGAUCUGCCAGCUUGGAGCGUUGCUCUACCGCAAUUUCUACCUGACUGGUCGUUUGGCUGCUGCUCGGGAGCUCAGCAAGCGCAUGCCUCUGCCCGAGAUUUCGCGCGAGUCGUUUGGAUUCGAUAUUGACGAGGUUCCCCUUCUCUCCGAAGAGCAACCGGAAGAUUCUCCUACCGAGACAUUGAACCCGACAGGCGAAGGCAAGAACCUUAUCCUCCGGCAAGCAACACCCAUGCGUGACCUGGAGCGGUUGAUUGUUGCUUUUGAAGCCCUGGAGGUUUUUGCCGUCACUUGGGAGGAAUUCAGCAAUAACGCACGGAGACGGGAUUCGAGUGCUGUCAAGGACCACAGAGCACGACUAACGGAAGCUUUGGAGAACGUACGACUCACUUGUGAGACGAUUUUCGAGACAGCCGAGUUUCUGCCGGUGAUGGAUGAAUCCGUUCAAGCAGAACAGGACGAGAUCAAGGUCAUGUAUAUCCCCGAGCUAGUGCUGGAGUACCACAGCACGCUGUACUACGCGGCGCACGCGCUGUCGAGCGAGAUCCUAGUGGACUGCCUGAACCUGUCGGUGGUGAUUGCGACGACGGCGUGGCUGACGGAGGUGUUUGUUGGGGCGCGGCGGAUGGCGGAGCUGGCUGAUGUGUUUGCGCUGUCGAGCGUGGCGAUGGUGAACACAGGGCGCAGUGGGAAGCCACGCAAGCGGUUUGCAACGGGGGAGACGUUGGGGAUCUGGGAUGUAGAGGUGCAGCUGGACGAUGAUUUUGUCGAAGCGAUGGCAAGCCAACAAUAGAUUGAUUCACUCUACAGGUGAAGUACUAUCUAGUAACCUAUUCAUACUUGUUCAUCAGCGUAUUAUUCAACACUCUAUCCUUGAACCCCUCGAUCACGGUGGUAUGCGCCCACGGCUUCAGAGCAAUCUCCUUGUCGAUCGUGUCUGCGAAACAGCCACUCCACCCGUGACGGGGAUACCGGAUGUUCACCUCUUGGAUGGUUGUCUCGUGGACGAGAUCAGGGUAUGAGCCUGU